AUCGCAGGCCGCCGACAGCGACGACGGCCAGCCUCUCCACCUCGACGUCCACCUCUCCACCUCUCUGCUGAGCCGCUCUGUCCAGCUCUCUCGCUCGCCCCCACUCGCUCUCCGCUUUCCGCAUCUCGCCACGCCGGCUCGGUCCUUGCGCACAGCGCCCCAUCGCCCGCCAUGCCGCCCAAGCAGGAGGGCAUGAUCUUCAAGGCGACGUACUCGGGCGUGCCCGUGUACGAGUGCAUCAUCCGCUCGGUGGCCGUGAUGCGCCGCCGCUCCGACUCCUGGAUCAACGCCACGCACAUCCUCAAGGUCGUCGGCCUCGACAAGCCGCAGCGCACAAAGGUGCUCGAGCGUGACGUGCAGAAGGGCACGCAUGAGAAGGUGCAGGGCGGCUACGGCAAAUACCAGGGCACGUGGAUCCCGCUCGAGGACGCCAAGCAGCUGGCGGCGCACUACAACGUCUCGCACCUCUUCGACCCCAUCACCGAGUACCAGCCCACCGCCGAGUCGCCGCCGCCUGCGCCCAAGCAUGUCAUUGCGCCUUCGUCGCGCGUCAAGCGUGGCGCUGCCGCCGAGCGCGUUCGCCGUGCCACGAGCAUUGAGACGGAGAGCGAGGUGACGAGCGCGGCCAACGCGCACGGCACCGAGGGCAGCAUGAGCCCCAGCCCGAGCGUCGUCAGCAGCUCCAGCCGCACGCCCAGUCCCAUUCCCGGCGGCGGAACGCCCGCCUCGCGUGGUGCGUCGAGCAGCACUGGCGGACCGGCGGCAGCGGCCGGCCACGGCGUUGGUCUCGAGCCGUUCGCGCGCGAGCCGAGCCCGAUGUCGCGCUAUGCCACCAUCAUCCUCGACUACUUCAUUGCCGAGAGCACGACGGUGCCGCCGCUGCUUGUGUCGCCGCCGGCCGACUUCGACGCGAACAUGAGCAUCGACGACGACGAGCACACGGCGCUGCACUGGGCGUGCGCUAUGGGCCGCAUCCGCGUCGUCAAGCUGCUCCUCAGCGCCGGUGCCGACGUCUUCCGGGUCAAUGCGAGCGGCCAGACGGCGCUGAUGCGUGCCGCCAUGUUCUCGAACAACUACGACCUGCGCAAGUUCCCCGAGCUCUUCGAGCUGCUCCACCGGUCCAUCCUCAACAUCGACCGCGCCGAUCGCACCGUCUUCCACCACGUCGUCGACCUUGCGCUCUCGCGCGGCAAGCCGCACGCGGCGCGCUACUACCUCGAGACGAUGCUGGCGCGUCUGGCAGAGUACGGCUCGCAGCUGGCCGACAUCCUCAACUUCCAGGACGACGAGGGCGAGACGCCGCUGACGAUGGCGGCACGGUCACGCUCCAAGAAAAUCACGAAGCUGCUGCUCGAGCACGGCGCGGACCCGAAGCUGCGCAACAAGGAUGGCAAGUCGGCCGAGGACUACAUCAUCGAGGAUGAGCGCUUCCGUGCCUCGCCGCCCGCUGCUGCUGCAGCGGCAGCUGCCGCUGCCGCAGCGGGCCUGCCGCCGGUGCCGAGCAGCGACGCGGCGCUGUCGGCGGCCCUGAUGGGCCCGCACGCCUCCUUGCGCACGAGCGAGGCAGGGCAGCGCGCCGCCGGCAAGGCGCACAUGCUCAUGACGACAUUGCUCGCCUCGCUGGCCGACGCGUACGAUGCAGAGCUCAGCGGCGUCGAGCGGCAAGUGACGCAGGCGCACGCGCUGCUUGCGCAGAUUCAGGCGGAGAUCGCCGAGUCCUCGCCCGCCGCCGGAGACGCCACGAGCCGCAAGAACCAGAAGGAGCGCCAGGCCGCCGAGCUGCGCGCGGCCGAGACGGCACUCAUCGCCGGCAUGCAGAAGCGGGCGCGCGAGGAGAUGCGUGGCGAGUGGGAGGCGACGUCGAAGCGGCUGCGCCUGAUGGAAACGGAGAAUGCCGCGCUGCCGGCGGCAGACGUAGCGUCGCUCGAGGGCCUGCGCAUGCCGAUGCCUGCUGGCUCGGAUGCCGCCAAGGCACUGGCGGAGCUCAAGACGCAGGUGGCACAGGUCAAGGCGUCGCACUCGACGGUCGUGCGCCGCUUCGUGGAGCGGGCGCGGGAACAGGGAGCGGGCAAGCAGGCCCUGGCGUACCGCCGCUUGCUGGCUGCGGGCUGCGGCGGCGGCAUCGCGCCCGACGAGGUCGACAGCGUGGUCGAGGCGCUCAUCGACCUGCUGGAGGACGCGCAGGAGCCGGCAAGAGGCGGCGCCAACCACUCGGGCAGCUCGCAGAACGCUGACGAGGGCGCAGGAAGCGAGAACUCGCGCGCAGCGGCCUCGCUCAUGCGUGCGGUGCGCGGCUGA